AGAGAGAGAGAGAGAGAGAGAAAAAAAUUCAACAAAACAACUAAAACAAACAACAAAAACAGCAAAAAAUAACAAUGGGGUUAAUCAACAAGACAUCUUUGAAUCUGAGUUCGAAUUUCACUUAUGACUCAGGAGAAGGCGAUUUUUAUGAUGAUUUUGACCCGUCUCAUAGAGAAAUCACUCCCAAACAAAUUGUGGUGCCAAUUUUAUUUGGUUUUGUUUUUGUUAUUGGUAUUGUUGGAAAUGGUACUCUUAUCUACACAGUGCUUCGGAACCGUAAGAUGAGAGUAGUCCCAAAUAUUUACAUCGUCAGCCUUUCAUGUGGGGAUCUGCUUCUUAUCCUUAUUUCUGUUCCAUUCAAUUCUUUGGUUUUCAUUCUACCUGAAUGGCCGUUUGGCGAAGUGAUGUGUAAGAUCAACGAGUAUCUGCAAACCGUUUCAUUAGGAGUAUCCGUUUUUACCUUGACGGCUCUUAGCGCUGACCGCUAUAUAGCCAUUGUGGACCCGAUGGCGAAACACAAGUCGAGAUUGAUUGUGAGAGCAGUAACCACCGCCGGAUGCUUAUGGGUGGUUGCCCUGCUAUUGGCAAUACCCGAUUUAAGUUCAUCUACAGUCAUUGAAGGAUCACACAACGUUACUCUCUAUUCGGCAAGAAUUUGCAUACUCUAUCCAACCGUUGACGUCAACGGCCAUCUUCCAAUGUGGUAUCCACGAAUGAUGAUCAUGUUAAAAUUUUUCGUCUUCUUUAUGAUCCCAUUGAUUAUUAUAGGAAUUUUCUAUGUGUUAAUGGCUCGCAUUCUAAUAUUAAGCGCCAAACAAAUACCAGGAGAUUCAAACGGCAAAGCAAGUUAUAAAAAACAGAUCGAAACUCGAAUGAAAGUUGCCAAGGCAGUUCUUUCGUUUGUCGUGUUAUUUGCUAUCUGCUGGCUCCCCAGACAUAUUUAUCUCUUCUGGUAUUUUUAUUUCGAUGAAGAAUUCAAUCCGUUUUGGAUGAUGUUCAAAAUUGUCAGUUUUUGUAUGGCCUUCAUAAAUUCUUGUGUUAACCCGUUCGCUCUUUAUUUCUUAAGCAACCAGUUUCGAAAAUACUAUAAUCGAUAUUUAUUUUGCUGGUGUACACCAAAACCUUAUGACGUCCUUAACACGCCCGGAUCUUCUGUUAUGUACAACUUUCAAAGCACUGUGAAUUCCACCACAACUUAUAUGCACAGCCAGACGGCUUGUUGAUAAAGGGGAAAACAGAAAAAGGAAAAUUAAAGAAAAAAAAAUGUAAAACACAGAAAAAAACACCCCUGACAAACA